AUGAAGACGUCCAGGAUGUUUGGGAUCAACCGCGAGGCCUCACAGGCAGCGUUCUACCAGACGGCCACUGACAGGAAGACACAGCACCAGUCACUCCUGCCGCCUUUGUCCGCCCACUCCACUCAGGUUGAAGCACUUAGAGUCAAACUUGUCCACACGGAACUUCAGGACAGACAGAAAAAAGCUUUCUUUGGGAGAAAAACCAGAAAAACAGAGGUCAGGGUCUAUGCAGUGGAUGACCCUGAAUCCCUGGAGGCAGUAAAGACGCCACGAGAGGAGCUCCUGGAGGUCAAAGAGGAUAAGUGUCCAGCUAUUGUGGUUGGGGCCAACAAGACUGUUCUUCGCCAUGAGCUUCAAGUGUCCAGUAGCGACAUAAUGUCCACAGUGGAGCGGGACUGGAACCAUAGCUACCUGGAGGCUUCAGCUAAAGAGAAAACCAAUGUGCUGGUGGUCUUUCGAGAACUCCUCGAGCAGGCAAACCUGCCCAGUCAGCUAAGUCCAACACUGUGGCAGAGAUGGGAAACCUUCCCCAAGAGUAGCACCAACCGACCACCGAUGAACAAGACUAACAGCUGCCUAAUCUGCUAA